UUUUAAACUGAUUUUAUGUAUAGAAAAUCCUCUUGGAAUGAAUUAGGUAUUGCUACUAACUUUCUCCUCCUUUAGCAUAGGAUAGAGCACUUGCUUGGAGAUAAAAUUGAUCAACAGCACUGGACAGAUGACGGGACCCUGUCUGAACGAGAGCUCCGGUCAACACUGCUGGCUUUUGCCUGCACUCAUGAUAUAAGAAACUGUAGAACAACUGCUGCCAAGAUGUUUGACACAUGGAUGAAGUCUAACGGAACAGUAAGUCUGCCUAGUGAUGUUAUGAAAGCCAUAUUUGCAGUUGGAGCCAAGUCUAAUGAUGUCUGGGAAUUCCUCCUGAAGAUGUACUUCUCUUCAGUUUCUGAAGCAGAGAAAAGCAAAAUGAUUGAAGCCUUGGCCAGCACAGAAGAUGCCAGAAAGCUGAUCUGGUUAAUGCAGAACAGUCUUGAAGGAGAAAUCAUCAGGUCACAGGAGCUUUCACAUAUCAUAGCAACCAUUAGCCAGAGUUUACCUGGAUAUUUGCUGGCCUGGGACUUCGUCAAAGAGAGCUGGGAAAAACUUACACGAAAGUUUCACCUAGGCUCAUAUACUAUCCGGAAUAUCAUUAGCUGGUCAACUUCUCAAUUUGCAACAAAGGCACAUCUACUGGAGGUCAAGUCAUUUUUUGAGUCAAAGUCAGAGAAGAGUUCUCAACUGCGUUGUGUAAAAGAGGCAAUUGACACAAUUCAGCUCAAUAUCCAGUGGAUGGAGAGAAAUUUGGCAAAGCUACAAGAACUGCUGUAGUGCAUAUAAUACUGUGCUGUGUCAGCCACUUAGGAGCUCUGUGAGCAGUUACUGUGUUUCAUGAAACCAGGCAUCGCUGCGACAUUGCACUAUUAAGGAAUCUAGAUAGCUCAGGGCAUGUCUCAGAUAAAUUUUUAUUUUCCUUGAAGCAUUUUGAGCAAUAUGUAAGUAUUUACCCUGAAACUGUUUUCAUCUGUAGCCCGAACAUCUGCACAAAUGAUUCAAUAUUAUUUUAUAUGUGGAAUUUAUGCUCUUUCCUUUGGAGUUGUGUUACAGCUUCUUGGCAGUGGAUUAAUACUGACAGUCAGGUAAUAAAGAAAGAGUUACCGUGAACUGUUAUUUUUUUGCAGACUGCUCAUUGAGCAGUAGAUUUUUUUCUUAAUGCAAAACUGUGUGUGGUUUCCACAUUUGUAGAUCUAGAAGCUGUUGUGGAACAGAAAUAUAUUUCAGAUGUGUAAAUAGUAGUGAAUGUUACAAAGUUCAAGAGGCAAAAUAAAUACAGUUACAAUUCAA